AUGUACGUAGGCGGCCAUGACGUAAAACGCCUGUUCAUUUUAAAUUCGCCGUGGCGUGAAGCAGUAGUUGUGCAGUGUAGUGUGGCAGUGAGCAGCCUGUUCGGAUCCAGUCCCAUUGCGUUUCGCGUGGGUCUGCAUCCGACGGCCGCCAUCUUGGUUGCCGCCUGGGGCGUGGCUGUGGCUACUACAAAAUGGACAUGCAGUUGUGAUGCAGGCGAGUUACGCGUAUAG